GUAAAUGAUAACUCCUAAAAAACAAAUGAACUUCAUUCCAAAGAGAAAUGAACAUACACAAAACUAUAAAGCAAUUGAGAAAAAGAAAUAGAAAAUGAUUAACAAUAACAAACGUGUUGAUGACUAUUGUAACGUGAUGAUGUUGAUGUCUAAUGCCCCGUGACGGAACGAGUCUGUAGGAGUAGUAAAAGGUGGCUCCAUCUCUGAGGCAGAAGACGAUGAUCAAAUGACGAUGGUGGCUCCAGCGACCUAGAUGGAGGAGCUCCGGGAAUUGUCGCUGCUUCUCGUGUUGCUCACAAUGAUCCGCUCAACUGUGAGUGGUGUCUUCAGGCAGGAACAGGUGUUCACCAUCUCUCCACACAGCGUCAGAGUGAACGCCGGAGAGGACGUCUUCCUCGAGUGUGUCAUCCAAAACCAACAGGGUAAAGCACAGUGGACAAAAGAUGGCUUUGCAUUAGGUUUCGAGCGCGACGUCCCAGGUUACCCUCGCCACUCCUACUCGGGGGACCCGAGCAAGGGGCAGCACCAUCUGGUCAUCAAGGGCGCCACCUUGGACGACGACGGCGAGUACCAGUGCCAAGUGUCCCACUACUGA